GUGACAUGGUCUUUCAGGGCAACUUCACCGCCCCUGUCGGAAUCGACUUGUCUGGGCAAGUGGCAGUGGUGACAGGGCCAUCGCGCGGCGGCAUCGGCUUCGAGACAGCACUCGGCUUGGCGCAGCGAGGUGCCAAAGUGCUCCUGGCGGCGCGCAACGUCGAGAAGGCGGAUGCUGACGCUGCCGUUAUUUCACAGGAGGCCGGCAUCAAGGAGAAGCCGCAGGUCAUCAAGUGUGACGUUUCCAGCACCCAAAGCGUCCGAGAUGCCGCCAGCGCCAUCCUUUCUCAGUAUCCGAAGAUUGACAUCCUUGUCGAUAAUGCCGGGGCUGUUUUCGACGAUGCCAAAACGGUGGAGAAUGGCAUCGAGAUCACAUUUGCGACGUGUGUGCUCGGCCAUCACCUUCUCAACUAUUUGCUGAAGCCCAGGCGACUCGU